UUUCUCAAUUAAACAUGGCGCAUUACAAAGGUUGGAUACUUUGUACCUCUACGGUUUUCUUAUGUUUGGGUUUUGUGAACAUGUGUCUCUUUCCUCUUAUCCAUGCUGUUGGCGUCAAUAUAGACCACCAGACCAAUAAAGUUGUCAUACGUAACGGUAAACGGACAGUAUUGGUCAACAAAUUAUUUAAUGUUGAUUGUGCGGUUUAUCGACUCGAAGCAUUAGCUGCGUUGAUUAAUAAGAUGUCAUGUUCUUCUUCAUGUGAGAGUUCUGCUACCGAGAUGGCUGAAUAUAGUAAUGAAUUGGAAAGUUUUCUGCAAAAGAUUAAUGAUAUCAAAGAGCGAUCAACUAUGUUUUUGGAUUUGUGCCAACUUUUGCGUAUAUAUGAAUUAGAGGAGAAAAUAUACUCUAGUGAAGACAGUAGAGAAAAGGAUAAAGCAAAUGCAGAAUCAAGGUUAGAAGAUAUAAAAAGGCGCAUUGAAAACAAACAUUACAUGAUUGAUGAAAUUCAGCUGGAUAACCAUAUCAAAGAGCUGAACAACUUAACUGUUGUAGUUGCACCUUAUGCGUUUAAGUUAUGUCUCAUGCACGAUCAUUUUGGUUUGAACCAGAGAAAAAAUGGGAAUGCAGAACUCGAAGACAUGCGUCUAGAGUUGAAGAAAGCAAAUGACAAAUAUGAAGAGGCUUCAGAAACUUUGAAGGCGCAUGAAAUAACUUAUAAGAAAGUUCUUGAUGCCAAAACAUCGGAUCUUGAUGCUGCUAAAUCACAACAAAAAGAAGUUGUUGAAAAGGCUAAAGAAAUGUUGGCGGAAGCGCAGGAAACAUUGGAGCAAAAGCAGAAAGAACACGAAGAAGCCACAAUAAACUUCAACAAUGCUGAAAAGGUAGUUAAUGCGGCAAUGGAAGGGAAUGAUGCAGUCAACACAAAGACUCAGGAACUUGCUGAUGCUAAAAAACGAAUUGAAAUGCUCGUUCAAACUACGGAGAAAGAGUUAAAUACUGCAAAGGAAGAAUUAGACGCUAAGAACAAGGACCUAAAAGAGGCACAGGAAAAAGAAGCAGGGUUAACUGAUGCGUCAGAAGAAGAUAAGUUAGCUGCAAAACAAGAUGUGACCGCAAAAUCUGAGGCCGUUAAGGAAUCAGAGGAAAAACAUCAGGCAGCCGUUAAAAAGCUGCAAAAGAUAAAAGAUGAUGGAGCAUUGGAAAUUGCUGAGAAAGAAAAGGAAUUAGAAAACACUGUUUCGGAAAAACAAAAGGCAGUUGAAGAUGCUGAAAAGCAAAAAGUAAAUGCUAAAAGCGUUCUGGACACUACAUUACUGCACGUUAAUACCGCUAAAGAGGCAUAUACUGAAGCCGAACAAGCGUUAAAGAAGACUGAACUUGCUGCGCAGAAAGAAGUAGAUGAAAAAACAAAACUUCUUUCUGACGCCAAGGUUAACCAUGAAUCACUUUUAGAAAAAUAUAAAGAUAACUUAGAAGCUGCCAGGAAGCAAGUAGACCUGAAACGAGCUGAACUCUCAGCUGCUGAAGCAAAGUACACCGGUGAAUCCGAAAUAACUGCAGAAGAGGCUGCUGAUGUCAUCUUACCGGACGUGAUUAACCUAUCAUCCGAUUAUGAGACAAUUUCGAAAAGUAUGAUUGAAUUGGUUAAUCUAAUGGCACAGAUGAAUCAUGUCAUGAAUAUGCUACUUACAGAUAAAGACGGUGCAGCAAAGUUGCCAAGUGACGAAAAAGCGUUAAGGGAAGAAAAAAUCAGGCAGCUUAAAGAAAAGAUUGAUGAACAGGAAGUUAAUAUGAGUGACUAUAGAGAUUUGUUUUAUCAAAUAAGUCUAUACAAAAACUAUAAAGACAAACUGUCGACUAUCCCUAAUGAAAGUGACCAACAAGAAUACUUGUCGGAUAUGAAACGCCUAGAGGCAACCUUAACCGAUGAAAAGCAUCUUGCUUUAAUUAAGAAAUAUAACUCUAUUUACGCUACGUGCAAAAGGAUAAUGGCCGAUGCUUACGGGUUAGAUUUAAACGUUCAAAAAAAUCGGGGUACAGGUCAAAAAACACCUCCCAAGGACAGUGUGGAGCCCACUUCCACUGAAGAGAAUGAAAGCAAUCCCACCAGUGAACCAUUGCCUCCUAAGAAUGAUCUAGAAACCGAAACAGUGGAAGACUCCAAGGAUGAAACAAACAUUAUUGAAAAGGAUAGCUGUCAAGAAGCAGAUGUUAAAGCGAGUGACACACCUCCAUCAAUUGAAAACAUAAAUUCUUCACAAGGAACAGAGAAAAGAUCAAGCUUUCUUCUGGUAAAAUCUUUGGCAUUUAUCAUACUAUUGGUUUCUAAUGUCUAAUGUAA